AUGGAAAAUAGAAUUGCACCAGAAAUACCAGGUAUUGUUCAACCUGGUAACGUUACACAGGACCUGAAAGGAGUCGUUUGUAAACUCUUGAAUUCGCCUAAACCAGUAAAGACAUUUCCUGGUUCGCAGCCUGUUUCUUUUCAACAUUCGGAUAUUCAAGAUAAAUUGCUUGCUCAGGAUUACUAUGUAUGUGAAAAAACUGAUGGAUUACGUGUUUUGAUGUUGAUCAUUGUCAACAAUAUGACAGGAGAACAGGGUUGUUUUAUGAUAGAUAGAGAGAACAAUUAUUAUAUGGUGUCUGGCUUUAGAUUCCCUAAACUACCGAGCAAGAAGAAGGAAGAAUUACUCGAGACUCUACAAGAUGGAACCUUAUUGGAUGGUGAAUUAGUUAUUCAAACGAACCCUGUUACAAAAUUACAAGAAAUGAGAUAUCUGAUGUUUGAUUGUCUUGCUAUUAAUGGUAGAUGCUUGACAUCAUCACCAACCAGUUCUAGAUUGGCACAUUUAGGUAAAGAUUUUUUUAAACCUUACUACGACUUAAGAGCAUUCUAUGCAGAUCGUUGUUCAACUUUCCCAUUUAAGUUAUCAAUGAAACAUAUGGAUUUUAGCUACCAAUUAACUAGGGUGGCAGACAGUUUGGAGCAUCUCCCUCAUAUGUCGGAUGGUUUGAUCUUUACACCCGUGAGAACUGCGUAUUCAAUAGGUGGUAAGGACUCCUUACUUCUAAAAUGGAAGCCAAAGCAAGAAAAUACAGUAGAUUUCAAAUUAAUUCUGGAUAUUCCGAUGGUAGAAGAUACAUCCUUACCCAAAAGAGAUGCUAACAGAUGGUAUUAUAAUUAUGAUGAUAAACCUACUUUCCACCUAUAUGUAUGGUUAGGAGGGCCAGAUGUUAACACUAAAUUAAGAGUUUUUGAUAAACCAUUUGACGGUAAAGAAUUACAAUUACUAGAGAAGACUUAUAAAAAGUUUGCCGAAUUACAAAUCGAUGAUACUAAAUGGGAGGAAUUAAAGAGUAUGGGACAACCAAUAAAUGGGAGAAUUGUGGAAUGUUCAAAGGAUCAAGAAACUGGUGAGUGGAUGAUGUUGAGAUUUAGAGAUGAUAAAUUGAAUGGUAAUCACACGUCUGUUGUACAGAAAGUUCUAGAAAGUAUAAAUGACUCUGUCUCUAUCGACGAUUUGAACGAAAUUGUUCCAGAUAUUAAGAAUGCUUGGGAUGAUCGUAAGGCCAAUGGUAGAACACAUUCUGGAUCAUAUGGAGCACCAUCCUCUUCUACGAAUCCUCAAUCUGCACCAACAAAUACGGCUCCACAACAACCAAAAUAUGUUGAUGACGAGGACGAUUGGUUUGAUUAG